AUGCUUGUGCCUACUCCCCCUUCUUCCUCCUCCUUCCUCUCCGAAUGUGCUUUAUGUCCUUACUCCCUUGUCUUAUAUCCAAGUGGUAGUGUUCACAUGCGGGCCUCCACCCCCCCCUCCUACACCAGGGCGAAGGUGGACGAGCAGCUGCAGCAGCUGCAUGGCAUACUGAAGAGCAUCACGUGCGUUUGCAACAAGGCGAGCAAUGCCCUUCCACCAAAAUGGUUUGAAGAAGGAUCUGAGGACCUACGGGGAGGAGGCGGAGGAGGGGGAGAAGCAGUCAUUGCCGCUGCAGCGGCGGCUGCAGCUGCGGCAGUUGCGGGAAGUAUUGGAAACAAGUUCCGGUUAGUGUUAGUAGAGGAUGUUGUAACGAGGAUGCAGGAGCAGCAGAAGCAAGUGGAAGACCUGAAAGGAAUAGAAGAUAGAGUUACAGUUACUCAUAGCAGCAGCCAGAGACACAAGAAGUUGCAUGAACAGCAGCAAGAGCAGCAGGAAGAGCAGAUUGCAGCAGCAGAAGUGGAUCAAUCGAAAGAGAAGCUGGGGAAUGUUAUUGUUGGCAAUGUGCAGCUAGAAGCUGAAGUGAACACGCAGAGAAGCCGGAUAGACGAGAACGAGAAGGUAAUUGUCGUUCAUGCCCACUCCGCUUUCCCUACCCAUUCCCGAAUCCAUCGACCCCUACUCUUUUCUUGA